UCCAAUUUUAUUAAAUUAAAAAUUUAGCCCACAGGCAAUUUUUGUUUAAUAAAAUUUCAAUCUUCAGCAUGUUAUACAUUGGUAAAACAUGACUUCAUUAAGCCUCAAUCUUCUAAAUCUAAGUUUGUAAUCCUAUUCAUGCAGCUUCUUCAUCAUCCUCUAGUUUUGCUGAAAUCCUUACCGAAAUUCCUGAGCUUAGGGGUGAUAAUUUCAAAAUCUGGAAGGAACGAGUUCUUCUUCAUUUAGGCUGCGCCGACAUGGACUAUGCAAUAAGGAAGGACGAACCUGCUGCAAUCACUGCGACUAGCACUGCUGCUCAGAUCGCACUAUAUGAGAAAUGGGAGCGGUCCAAUCGCCUCAGCAUCAUGUUCAUCAUGUCCAAGAUCCCUCUGGGAAUGCGUGGAUCGGUGGAGCAACCUGAGAAAGUCAAAGACUUGAUCAAACUGAUCGAUGAGCAGUUCGACACUUCAGACAAACCACUUUACAACAACCUCAUCCACCAGUUCUCAUCCACAAAACUCACUGGUGUCAAAGGAGUUAGAGAACAUAUUUCAAAGAUGAGGGACAUUUCUGCUCAACUGAAGAAACUCGAUGUAGUCAUUCCCGAAACCUUCCUGGUCCACUACAUCCUUAACCAUCUUCCACCUCAAUAUGGGCCUUUCAAAAUUUCCUACAACACACAUAAGGACAAAUGGAGUAUCAAUGAACUGAUAACCAUGUGUGCUCAAGAAGAAGCAAGGCUCCUGCAGGAACAAGGUGAAAGUGCUCACAUGGCCACCCAAGGCAAGAAACGCAAACCAUCCAAGAAGGACAAGGGGAAAAAUAAAGUGCCUCCCCAAGGUGAUAUAAAGAAGGAUUCCAUCAAAUGUUUCUUCUGCAAAAAGAAGGGACAUGCGAAAAAGGAAUGCGCCAAGUUCAAGAAAUGGAUGGACGACAAUGGGUUUACAAAACCUAAGGAAGCCAGUGGGAAGUGAGCAAAGCAUCUUAUCUGGAAACAAGAUGGGCUCACAUGUGGAGGCUAUAGGAACGUGCCAUUUAGUUUUAAGUAGCGGUUUUGUUUUAAAGUUAGAAAAGACAUUUUAUGUACCAAGUUUCUCUAGAAACUUGAUUUCCGUUUCAAGACUUGUACCUUUUGGUUUUUCCUUUACAUUUUCAGACAAAUCUUUUAAUUUAUAUAAUAAAUCUGAAUGUGUUGGAAAUGGUAUUUUGUCUGAUGGUCUUUACUGCCUUAAUUUACAAAACAAUACCGCUUAUAAUACUAUGCACGUUCACGCUGGCAAUAAAAGAUGUGUUAUGAAUGAGAAUUCCUCUACAUUAUGGCACCGGAGAUUGGGACAUAUCUCUAUUGAUAGAAUUAGAAGGUUAGUAAAUGAUGGGGUACUCAAUACCUUAGAUUUUACUGAUUUUGAUACUUGUGUGGAUUGCAUUAAGGGAAAGCAUACCUCCAAGUCUAAGAAAAGUGGUGUCCAUAGGAGUUCUGACCUAUUAGAAAUCAUACAUACUGAUAUAUGUAGUCCAGACAUGGACUCAUAUGGUCAGAAAUACUUCAUCUCUUUCAUAGAUGAUUACUCACGCUACAUGUAUAUCUACUUACUUCAUAACAAAAGCGAAGCGUUAGAUGUCUUUAAGAUAUUUAAAGCUGAAGUAGAGAAACAAUGCAACAAGCAAAUUAAGAUAGUGAGAUCAGAUAGAGGUGGAGAAUAUUAUGGUAGAUACACUGAAGAUGGACAAGCACCUGGUCCUUUUGCAAAGUUUCUUCAAGAAAAUGGGAUUGUUGCCCAAUAUACCAUGCCCGGUACACCCGAGAAAAAUGGUGUUGCAGAAAGGAGAAACCGAA